UUGAAGAUUAACCUUUUUGUCGGGGCACAGUAGUUGUGAAAUUGAAAUUAAAAUGUUUUAUCCAGUGGACACUCUAAAAAGAGGCGGCAAAUUUUAUUUAUGUUGGGUCGCAGAUUCGUGGCCUUUGCGUUUUGCUACUAUAACGCAUAGGCAACUGUGGUCACAGGAUAUUCGAAAAAUAUGUGACGACUUACUAGAAGUAAUAACCAACGAAUCUGGGCGUCCAACAAACAGAUUCUCAUUACGAUUGAGCUCGCAAUUGCUCAGGGGUUUGGUGAGACUUUACCAAAGAAAAGCUAGCGUCCUCUUAGGAGAUCUUUGUAUGAUCAAUGCUACCGUAAUAAAACAUUCGAACAAAAAAUGGAUUCAACAAGAAGAUACGCCGAACGUUCAUCGACCAAGACUUGCUGUAGUAACCUUGGAACAACCCGAGGAAGAGCCGAGAGUUGAAGAGUUAAUUCAGAGUAGCAACAAUGUGGUUGCCAACAUCGAUGAUAUAACACUAAAGGAACCAACAAUACCCGAAAUACAAUUUUUAAUUAAUGAUGGUUUUGGUGAACUCCGUUCGGAGGUGCGUUCGCCGGACCGCACUGUGGAGCAGAUGCUGCAAGGCAGCUCAGUCGCUCAACUGAGCGCACUCGAGACUGCCGACGUGUCGGGCGAUAAGUCGCACGACAAAUCGCGUCCUCAUACCACUCGCGAGCUGCAGAUGGAGAGGAUAUCAGAAUACGAUGUCAGCAUGUAUAGAAAGUCCAUCGGAGCCGAGAUUUCAGCAAUCGGUGACAUUGAAAAAGAAAUUCCUGAAAUUCCCGAAAUCCCGCCUCCCGCCUUGAACGUUCCUGAACCAUUGGUACCUGAAAUUGAAGUGACCGUGGUUCUACAGCCUGAAACAACUGUCCAAUCCGAAGCUACUAAGAGAAAAGCUGAUGAUGAAAUUGUUUUGGAGGAGUUGGAGGCGCGGAGUCCUAAGCGCCGGCGCGCGCGCCGUCUCAUCAUAGACCAUCACACGCGCCUCGGUCCUGAUUACAUGCGCGAUAGGAUCGCCAAUAAUAAGAUGGAAUUGCGUUGCAAGUCGGCUAGUGAAGACGUGAUAAAUAUCAGAAUACCCGCGGCCACGUAUUUACUGCGGCCGGCGCACGACGGACACAAACUGAGGCCAAACUUCGCUCCCGAAUUACGUACACUCUAUCUUAGGAAUUUGGAGUUUGUCUCCAAAACCACCGCACAAAAUAGAGAAUUGGAGGUAGCAGUCGCUAUGCCAGCUCAAGAAGAUACAAGAUCGCAUUUACAACCAGUAGAGGGAGAACCCUCUGGCAUAGCCGCUGUAUCUCAGAUAGAGUUGCCAGUGCAAACUGAGGUGGAGGGGGCGGAGGUCAACGUCACUGGCCAGGGUGAGGGCCUGCUGGAUAUCUCGGAGCUGCCCACUCAGGUGGUGGAGACAUUGUCACAAGUCAGGAAACGCACCAGCGAAUUUGAAGACGAAACUGCAAAAAGACGUCGAAGCUCAGGCUUCGUGUCGUACAGACAGCACGGGGAGCAGCUGCUGCACGCCGACAUCGCUGCCGAUAUAGAAAAGGAAAAUAUCCCCGAGAACAUACAAACACCACGGGAGAGUCAGAUGAGUGUAACAGAAUUACUCCGUAAGGCGGGUCUCGCGGAUAUAGAGGUGGGCAAAGUUGAUAUAGAGACGGGCAGAGUGGACGUAGAUGCGGGCAAAGUUAACGUAGAGCUAGGCAGAAUUGACGUAGAGGCGGGGAGAACGGUUGAGCCGCUGUCGGAGGUGAACGUGAGGAGGAGCACGCGAAAGACCGGCAGCGAGGAUACGGAGACCCCGCUCGGCAGUCUGGACCGCACUAAAGUCUCGCUCGGCGAUACAGACACAACUACUGACUCUAAGAAAUUUAUACGUGAGCAGUGGGGCACGGAGGGCACAAUGGUGAAGGUGCUGCGCGUGUUGCGGGAGGGGCGCGAGGGUCGGGAGGGUGUCGCGCUGGACGUGGCGCGGCUCGUCACCUCGGGCCCUGUCAUACACAUGCACAGGAACAUCAUCAUGGCGCGCUGCUUUACAUCACUACUCAAAUUGAAACAGCACGGCUUUGUGAAAUUGAAGAAAGAUCCUGAUACCUUGUGUAUAAUAGAUAUUACUCUGGGACCGAAAUUUGAAGAAGUGGACGCAGAAUAAUUUCUUUAA